AUGUCAAAAAAAGCACAAGAUCCAGGUUGGGAACAUGCCUAUCCUCCAAUUGAGAAGGAUCGAACUCGAGUGAAGUGUAAGUAUUGUCAAAAUGAGUACAAUGGUGGGAUAAGUAGGUUUAAGAGGCACUUGGCAGGAAUUAGAGGGGAUGUUGCUCCUUGUGCGCAAGUUCCAGAAAAAGUAAAAGAAGAAAUGUCUAAACUUAUUGGAGUGAAGAGACAAAUGAAGGAGCACAAGGAAGAAGCUCUUAAGCAAUUAAGAGGUGAGGUUAAUAUCACUGACAUGGAAGACUAUUCAGAUUAUGAAACAGGAGAAAUACUUUCUAAAAGAAGUUGUGUUGGGUCGAGCAAGAGUACACAGAAAGGACUCAUUGAUAGGUUUUGCAUCCCCACUCCUGAAGAAGCUUUGCGAAGGGGCAAGGAUGUUCAACCCACUAUAAAUGAGAAAUUGAAAGAGAAAGAAAGAGAAAGAACAAUUCAAUACAUUGCUCGGUGGUUUUACGAAGCGGGAAUUCCUUUCAAUGCAGCUAGUCUUGAAAGUUUCAGUUUGAUGCUAGAAGCAAUUGGACAAUAUGGUCGGGGAUUGAAAGCUCCUACACCAUAUGAGCUUAGAGUACCUUUAUUGAAGAAAGAAGUAGAAGAGACAAAAGCAUUCUUGAAAACUCAUAGGGAUUGUUGGGAAGCAAAUGGAUGCUCAAUCAUGACGGAUGCGUGGACCGAUAAAAGAGGUCGGAAUUUGAUGAACUUGGUGGUAAAUUGUGAGUUGGGAACUUCUUUUCUUAGAUCAAUUGAUUCUUCUUCGGAGGUUCAUGAUGGUCCUUUUAUAUUUAAGUUGGUUAGUUCUUGUAUUGAUGAGAUUGGAGAGGAAAAUGUGGUUCAAGUCAUCUCCGAUAAUGCAUCAGCGAACAUGGCGGCUGCAAACUUAUUAAGAGCCGAACGUCCUAAUAUCUUUUGGACUCCAUGUGCCGCUCACUGCAUUGAUCUAAUGCUUGAAGAUAUCGGAAAGUUUCGGCAAGUAAAAAAUACGAUUACUAAGGCAAGAAUGGUGACAGUUUUCUUGUAUGGGCAUACGAUCACGCUCAGCAUGAUGAGGAAGUUCACCCAAAAAAAAGAUUUGGUAAGGACCGGAGUUACUCAUUUUGCUACUGCUUUUCUAAGCUUGCAAAGCAUUAUGUUGAAGAGGAAUGAGCUACGGACGAUGUUCACCUCCAAGGAUUGGGAUGACUGUAAAUGGUCCAAAAAGGAAGUAGGGAAGAGAAUCCAACAAAUUGUUUUGAGCAAUAAGUUCUGGAAUGGUGUGUCACUUACAUUAAAAUUAUUUGAGCCUUUGGUAUAUGUUCUUCGACGAGUUGAUGGUGAUAAGGUGCCAUCCAUGGGCUAUGUGUAUGGUGACCUGGAAAAUGCUAAAAAAGAAAUUGCUUUGCACAUGGACAAUGAUGAGAAAAAAUAUCGUCCUGUUUGGAACAUUAUCGACUCAAGAUUUAAUGACAAGCUUAAGACUCCAUUACACAAGGCAGGCUACUUCUUGAAUCCCUUUUUUUACUAUGCCAGAAAAGAUGAAAUUGAUAGCAAUGCAAGUAUCAUGGAUGGUGUGCUUGAGUGUCUAUUGAAAUUUUAUCCAAAUGAUCCAAGUAAGCAAGAUAAGAUACUUGAAGAAUUGCCAUUGUACAAAACUGCUUCGGGAUCAUUUGGGAGGGAAAUUGCGAUAAGACAAAGACAAAAGCCUAAUCUUAAUCCAGGUAAUUAUAGUUGNCAGAAAAUUUCACAUUAUUCCAAAACGCAGCGGAAAGAUAAAAGUCCAAAGUAA